AUGUUCUUCCACCUUAGGACUGGUGUCGUGGGACUCAAGUCCUACCUCUUCUCCAUCCAUGUUCGCGACAUCGUCGACGACCUCUGCCCGUGCAAGCAGGGCAAGCACACCGUCGAGCAUGUCUUCAUCCACUGUCCUGCUUUGUUGGCUGAGCGGACACGGCUCUAUCAGCAAGUCGGUCACCAUGAUUUGAAGAAGUUGCUGACGCGUGAUUCCAAGGCUGCUGCCGCGUGGGCUAUCCGCUACCUAUCCAUUGAACAAUUUGGCUUGACUGGGCGGCAAACACCCGACAAAAUCUUCCAAAAGAGAGAUGGAGCGUGA